AUGAUUGUGGAUUACGACAGGAAUAAUUCAUUGGGCGAGGGCAUAUCUGCCCAAGUGUUCUUGGGCACUUUUGCUGGAGAACAAGUUGCCGUUAAAAGAAUACAAAAAAGAACGGAACAAGAUGUGGACAAAGCCCGUGAAAGCCGUGAAGAAGAAUCCAUGAAACAAUUCAAUCACCCAAAUGUCCUCAAAUUAAUUGAGGUUCAAGAAGAUCCAGAUUUCAAGUUUUUGAUAUUGGAACUGUGCCUGGGAACAGUUCGCGAUUACAUCAAAGGAAACUACACCGGCCCGAUGCCUUCCGAAAUCGACGGGAUGAUUCAAAUGGCUAGCGGAUUGCAAUACAUUCACUCGCAGCAAUUCGUCCAUCGAGACAUCAAACCGGCAAAUGUAUUGAUUUCUAAAUCCCACGUUCUGAAAAUAUCGGAUUUCGGAUUCUGCCGGCCAGUUACAGGAUCCGGAAGUUUUUCAAUGUCUAGCGGACCCAAAGGCACCAAGAUCUAUAACUCUCCGGAAUUCCUUCGCAUAGACGAGAAAAACGAAGAGGAAAGAGCAAAAAUUCGAGCAAAUGUGUCGACAGACAUCUUUUCUUUAGGCUGUCUGUUCCACAGUUACAUCACAAAGGGCGGUCAUCCUUUCGCUGGCGGAAAGAAUCCCGUCGAAUUUGUAACCGUCGCCAACAUUUACAAAGGCAAAAAGUUCCUGGACGACUCUGGUCUAUCAAAGGAUCAUUUUGCAUUUUCAAUGAUUGACGGCAUGACGGAGGUUGAUGCAGCCAAUCGUUGGAAACUGAUCCAAGUUUUGGAAACUCUGGAAAGUCAGAAAAGCUGAAACUUUCGCAGGAAUGAAAGGCACUUCAAAUUAAUUUCCUUCAAAAUUCACCGUAGAAACAGUUUAAAAUGCAUAUUGCAAACAAAAUACACAACAGUUUAAAACAGA